CCCAGAGGUGGCGAACACUAUUCUAUUAAAAUAUCACAAUUUGUUUUUACGUCAGAUGGAGGGUUGCAAUUUACCAAAUACUCGCAGAAAAAUGAUCAAGGUGGUAUUGAAAGUGACAAUACAGGUUUAGUAAUACCAGUACCAUCUGAUUCUCUAGACAUUCAAGGUCCUAUUCAUGAUAUAAAGCUCUAUAUUUCUAAACAUCCUAAAAAUU